CCACACCUCCACAACCCUCCAGCUUUUAAAGCUCCAAAGGAGCGUGAGUGCGGGGCUGCUGCUCCGCUGGGUUCACAGGAGUGGAAGUGGCUGUGUUACUGGUGUGCUAAGAGGUAGCCUCUUCCAGCUGGAGUCUCCCUGCUGCCUUCUCGGGGCAGGAUCCACCAAGCUUUGAGGAAACAUUUCCUUGUGAAGUUAUUCAAGAAGACAUCAAGAUGACGACACCGCCUCCUCGAGGCUGCGGCAGCAUCCAUGCUGACUACUUCCUACUUUGUGACAUGGAUCAGGCUUGGGGGAUUGUCCUGGAGUCGCUGGCUGCAGCUGGAGUCCUUGUCACCGUUUUCCUCAUCUGCUCCCUCUUCUUCCUCAUCUGUAAAAUCCAAGAUAACAGCAAGAGGCACAUGGUCUCCAUCUAUUUCUUCUUCCUCUUAGGCACACUCGGCAUUUUUGGCAUCACUUUUGCCUUCAUUAUUAAAAGCAAUGACAGGAUUCGCCCCACUCGCUUCUUCCUGUUUGGAGUCCUCUUUGCACUCUGCUUCUCCUGCCUCCUCACCCAUGCCUCCAAUCUCGUCAGACUAGUGAGAGGAAAAAAGCCCUUCUCCUGGCCAGUGUUGCUGCUAAUAAUUGUUUCCUUUGCUCUGGUGCAAGUUGUGAUCAACAUUGAAUACCUAGUCACCAUGCUGGUAAAAGGUAGAAGUACAUUUUUGAAUAUGGGUUCAGAGGAGGCCAACAAGGACUUUGUCAUGCUUCUGAUCUAUGUGCUCUUCUUGAUGGCUUUGACCUUCCUGGUUUCCAUGUUCACAUUCUGUGGGCCAUAUAAGAGCUGGAAGAGACAUGGAGCACACAUCUUUGUCACUGUCCUGUUCUCCAUUGCCAUUUGGGUUGUGUGGAUCACUAUGCUCACAAGAGGCAACGAGUCUUUAGGGAAAACUAAUUGGGAUGAUCCUGUUGUGGCCAUUGCUCUGGUGUCCAAUGGAUGGAUCUUCUUGAUAAUGUAUAUCAUCCCUGAAAUUUGUUUCCUCACUGCCCCUCUCAAGCUGGGGGACUACCCUCCAGAAAAUGACUUCUGCCAACCCACGUUCAUAAAGCAGGCGACUGGAGUGGACAACCAUGCCUAUACCCAAGAUGAAACUGUGCAAGGAGACAGGGAAGGCACCAGCUACUCCCCGUACUCUGCUCACCUCCAGAUGAAGACCCUUGAUGCAAAGAAUGAUUUCUCCAUCCCUCGGGCCAAGGCCCACCCAAGCCCAUACCAUGACUACACUGGUGGGAAAGGCCCCAUGUAGCAGCUGUGCAGGGAGCAAAGAGACUAAGGGCCACUCAGUGACAGUGCUGAUCCCGCAGAAGAGACAGACUCAGACCCACACUGGCAAUGCUGACAACGAGAGGCCCUGUUUUCCCUCAGCUUUCCCACCAGCACCCCUCUCAUUCCUGGAAGACACCUCUCGGACACGGCUCUGCCAAUCGUUUCUACGUGGGAUGGAGCUCAUUCUGGGGAGAGCAUGCCCUGGCCUAUUUCCAGCAGGAAUGCUGCAGGGCUAGAGCAGCAGGAAGUUCACCAGCUGGGCCCACGGCCUGCUCUGUCCCAGACUGGCCCACGUGUCUGCCUGGGCCCCGCAUCUGUCACGAGAAGAGAAAGGAACAGCAGCACCAGCGCUCCGUGUCCCAGCUGCUGCCCACCUGCAAGUGCACUGUGGGUGCCAGCAUUGAAACACCCCACCUGUUUGCCCUGACACAUUUUCUGAUUUGCUGUCGAGUACCCACCUCCCCAGCUACGACCCCCCACCACACGCUCCAGCAAAGCACCCCCAGGGGCUGCCAUACCCCACAGACCCUCCCGACCACCCCAACCUAUGGGAGCCUGCAAUCUUCUGCAGCUGCCUGCAAUACCCCCAUCCCGAGCUCUGCCUCCUCCCGAGUGUUUCUGCGGCAUUAUCACCAACAUUUCUCAAGCAGCCAGGUUGUGGAGGAUUUGCUUUGUCCCAGGGAUGAGUGCACACGAGCGUGUGCACACAUGUGCCCGCCCAUGUGCUGCAAGGACUGCGCCCUGCAGAGCUGAAUCACUCCGCAUCCUGCUUUGCAUUCAGCAAAUAGCUUUCUGUGGUAUUUCGUACAUAGACACACAGAGCUCUCCAAGUGGGUGUGUGUGGUAUGCUGGCGUCUGACACAGCUAUAUAUUUAUUUAGUUCUUUG